GCGCCCCACCUCGCGCUCAACAGAAGGCACAGGACGCCAGUCACUCUGUGUGAUUUACUCGUAAUGAUUGAUGCUGCCGUUUAUACCAUAUCCCCGUUAAACCGCAGGUUACGUCGCACGGCUCUCGUGGUUAUUUUAGCAGAUCUCUACAGAAAUAUGUUUUCCCUCUAAAUUCAGUUCACACACACGAGCCUCUCCGCGCGCAGAAGCGACUCGUCGCUGCCUCCCGGUUGAACGGCGGCAGGACGAUGGCACUGCGUUGGACGGUCUCUCUGUAUCUGUCCUCGGUGGUCUAUUACGAUUCUAAUUAGCUGAUAACGUUAACAUACGUUUGACAUUUAAGACGGACGGAUGUGGGAGCAACGAUAAACGCACCUCUCUGAAAAUGGAAAAGGGGUCCAGGUUUGAAGACCUCUGAUCAUAUUGGAUCAACGGCCAGCCAGGUGGCCAAUCAGGCGACAGCCAGGCUCACUGAGGAGGGAGACCAACAGUGAGACUGGAAGACCCUCUUAUCACACCCACACUGCUUCACCCAUCCCACUCCAUCGUCACUGCCAUGUCUCUACCCAGUGGCAGCCCAGAAAGAGAGGGCUCUAGUGGGGCUCCCCCUGAGCUAGAGUGCCCUUCUUCCCCUCCUGGCAUGGACCCUGACCCCUCAUCAACGGGCAGCCCAGUGCUCAGCCCAGACUCAUCUUCCCAUGAUACACUGCUGUCAGCACCAGCAGCCUCCCCGGCAGACUCAGAGAACCUGAGCCCUGAAGAACUGGAGCUACUGGCCAAGCUGGAGGAGCAGAACAGGUUGCUGGAGGCUGAUUCCAAGUCCAUGCGGUCGAUGAGCGGUUCACGGCGCAACAGCGGCUCCUCGCUGGUGUCCAGCUCCUCGGCCUCAUCCAACCUGUCACACCUGGAGGAGGAUACCUGGAUCCUAUGGGGCCGCAUCGUCAACGAGUGGGAAGAGUGGAGACGCAAAAAGGACAAACUCCUGAAGGAGUUGAUCAGGAAAGGCAUCCCUCAUCAUUUCCGGGCCAUCGUCUGGCAGCUACUAGGCAACGCCACUGACAUGCCGGUGAAGAACCAGUACUCUGAGCUGCUAAAGAUGUCGUCUCCCUGCGAGAAACUCAUCCGCAGAGACAUUGCCCGCACCUAUCCUGAGCAUGAGUUCUUCAAAGGCCAGGACAGCCUGGGGCAGGAAGUCCUCUUCAAUGUCAUGAAGGCUUACUCUCUGGUGGAUCGAGAGGUGGGCUACUGCCAAGGCAGUGCAUUCAUUGUUGGUCUGCUGCUUAUGCAGAUGCCAGAGGAAGAGGCGUUUUGUGUUUUUGUGCGUCUGAUGCAGGAGUACCGUCUGAGGGAGCUGUUCAAACCCAGCAUGGCCGAGCUGGGCCUCUGCAUCUACCAAUUUGAGUAUCUGCUACAGGAGCAACUUCCAGAGCUGAACGUCCAUUUUCGAUCCCAGAGUUUCCACACAUCCAUGUAUGCCUCGUCCUGGUUCCUCACUCUUUUCCUCACCUUCCUUCCUUUGCCUGUCGCCACACGCAUCUUCGAUAUUUUCAUGUAUGAGGGCCUAGAGAUUAUCUUCCGUGUGGGCCUGGCCAUCUUGCAGUACAACCAGACUGACCUCAUUCAGCUGGACAUGGAGGGCAUGUCACAGCAUUUCCAGAAAGUGAUCCCCCACCAGUUUGACAGCUGCCCAGACAAGCUGAUCCUCAGGGCCUACCAGGUCAAAUACAACCCCAAGAGGAUGAAGAAACUUGAGAAAGAAUAUACUGCAAUCAAGAACAAAGAAAUGGAGGAACAAAUUGAGAUCAAGAGGUUACGCACAGAAAACAGGCUGCUGAAGCAGAGGAUUGAGACGCUGGAGAAGGAGAGUGCCGCUCUGGCAGACAGACUGAUACAGGGUCAGGUGACGAGGGCACAGGAAGCAGAGGAGAACUAUGUGAUCAAACGGGAGCUGGCAGUGGUGAGGCAGCAGUGCAGCACAGCCAGCGAGAGCCUAGAGAAAGCGCAGGACACCAUCAAAGAGCUGCAGCAACAGAAGUACACAGAGCAGUUUGUGAGCAAUCUGCAGACCCAGCUAGAGGAGUCGAGGCUGCGCGAGGCCGAACUACUGGGAGCGCUGAAAGAAAUGCAAGACAAGGUCCUGGACCUAGAGAAGAGAAGCACUUGCCUGCCUGACGAGAACAACAUGGCAGCUAUGCAGGAGGAGGUGAAGCAGAUGAAGCUGAGGGAGCUGGAGACGCUGCGCUCAUUCAGAGAGAUGCAGGACACCGUCACUGAGCUCAACCAGCGCUGGCAGCAUCAUAUGUCCCGUGGCAGCAGCACAGGUGGUGGGGGCGGCCACUGGAAAGAAUCCCCAAAGAAGAACGCCAUGAACGAGCUGCAGGACAAACUGAUGACGGUCAGACUGAGGGAGGCCCAGGCUCAGGCUGAGCUCCGAGAGGUCAAACUCAAAGCCCUGCAGCUGGAGAGCCAGAACCAGAUCCACAGCAAGCUGAUUGGUCGCAACGACCAGGAACGCUCCGCCCUGCAGGACCGGCUCCAGAUGCUGGCUAAUCAGAACAAAGCUCUCCAGGCCCAGCUCAACGAGAUGAAAAGGAAGCAGGCCGAGUCCGACUGCAAGAGUAAAGAGGAGGUGAUGGCGGUGAGACUGAGGGAAGCAGACAGCAUGGCUGCCAUGGCUGAACUCAGGCAGAAGAUCGCUGAUCUCGAGAUACAGAAGGAGGAAGGUCUGAUCCAGGGCCAGUUGAAUCACUCAGACUCCAGACAGUACAUUAACGAGCUCCGGGAUCAAAUCACUGAGCUCAAGAACGAGAUCAGGCAGUUGCGAGGGCAGAAGGUGGCCCCCAGCUCCAGAGUCAGCAGUGGAGGCGGAUGUACCAACUACCAGGAUAUGUGUCUGGCCAGCCCCGCCUCUGCUGAGGGGGACUAUCUGAGCUCAGACGAGGACCUCCUCCCCAGCCCGCUGCCUCCCAACGCCCUUUACCCCAGCCUGUCCGGCCCAUGUCACCCAUCUUCCCGCCUCGACAGCGAGGGCAGCACGGACAGCGAGGCAGAGGAGCGGGUUCUGACACAUCCGGACCCACAGCAGCUGUACAGCAGCAUGGUGUGUGCCGAGGCGCUGGAUAACUGAGACCUGGAGGGGGUGUGAAGGUUUCAUUGGAUUUCUUUGAGCUAAAGAGACGCUGGAGCUCUACGGGACGGGACUGCUACUGUAAACUGGAGCUGUAUUAUCCAAUCCAGUGCGCCACCUCGGCUUUUCCAUUGUUUACCUUUAACUUGAUGCAGACAUAGUGGCAUUGAUUGGACCUCUUGUGAUCAUCACUUCCCGUUGUCUCUCCGCUCCUGUUGGUGUCUCCAUCACCUUGUUCCCAACACUGUCCGAUCCUGUGUUCUUUGUCAAAGAGGUCAUGUAAAGCCUCUCUCCUUGUUCCCAUGUGUAACUGCACCAGAAACCAUCUGAACACAAACAUAUGACACACACACAAACAAAAUGGACUGAAACUGGACAAGCAAGACUAGUGUUGCCUCUCGCUGCUCGAGAUCGACCACUGGGCCUGAACCUGUGACUGACGAAGAGUGAAACAUGGGUAGACAGAAAAUAACUCUUCCCUCUCCCUAUAAACUGAGUGAUAGACACUUGACACACUGCGAUGCUCUGUCUACCCUUAUAUGACUCUCCUUCAUGAUUGGUUCAGAGUUAAAUACAUCUUUAUCCUCUUUUCCCUUUUUAUGCUCUCAAUAGAAAGACACGCACAGAAAACCUAUCAGCCAUCCAUUUACCUCUCAGUGUUAAAAAGAAAAUGAGUGAGUACAAGAAGGAGAGGUGCAGUGUAGGAAUAUGUACCUGUCAAACUGUAGGAAUAUCACAAGAUGGCAUUCAAUUGGUGGAAUCAUUAACACUUUAACAUACUACAGUAAAUGUGUGUGUUGUCUGUGUCUGUGGCUUGUAGAUGACGAGAAGCCAAGCGAGUUAAUACAACAGCUCAUGUCAAAACACAUUCACCAUAACCCACAGGACAAGGAAGGAAGAAACUCGACAUUGCCAAAUCUUUUGUUUUUUAAUUAUUUAUGUUAUUUAUUUUGAUAUUUGUUUUAUUUUUUUAUAUAUCUAUAUGAAACUAUAGGAGUGUAGAGAUACUGACAGAGGCCAAGCCUUCUACACCGUCCUUUGUGCCAAUUAGUCAUCUGUUACAGGUUUACUGUGACACGGAGUGUUUCAGAGACGGAAAAUGUGCUGCUAUGAUUUUGGAUUUACUUCUUCCAUUUUGUUCUUUCUGUUGUUCUUUUUUUUGUUAUUUUUGUGAGGUUAACAUGCAACCUCCUGUUUACUGCCAUAGAUUAGGUUGACAACUACUGUGCAGACUGAUCAAAUCUGAAAACUGUUUAACUUGAUUCCUCCCUGGAGCUUCAUUUUACAUUUAGCAAUGAUGGGAACAAUUUGGUUUUCUUUUAAAACCAAGCAUGAUCAUUGUUUUUGUGUGAGUUAAAGGAACAGUUUGACAUUUUAGGACAUUUAUUUGCUUUCAUGCUUAGAGUUAGAUGAGAAGAUUGACACUGAUCCUAUCUGUCAAAUAGGAUCCACAGACAGGAGGAGACAGUUGGCUUAGCUUAGAUGGGCACAGUCAAGAAAAAGUCCAGCAAGUAAACUUGUUUUUACAGUUUUAGGAUGGGACUAAGUAACUGAAUUGUGGCCACAGGUGGUACAUGUAUCACUGUAAACGCUAAAGGAACAUUAGCACAAGUAGAAGAGGUUCAUAAAGUCAGUGAACUGACUCAGUAAUGCCAGUUACAACUACAAAUACAAUGCAAUAAUAUCUACCUAAGUUUUGCUAGUGUUAGCUUAGCAUUAUAAGCAACCAGUCAUACCGGAGCAAGUGAGGCUAUAGCAGCUAGUAAAAACCCUGAGAGUAUUGAAUUGAGUAAAAGUUAGCCCUAAUUUCUUAUUUCCCCUUUCAAAAGUGACAUCGUUUUUUAGUCACUUUAAACAAACAACAUACAUGUUAUUAGUUAGAGGUUUAACUUUUGGACAGAGCAAGGCCAGCUGUUUCCUGUCUUUAUCCUAAGCUAAGAUAACCAUCUCCUGGCUGUAGCUUCAUAUUUAACAAACAGACAUGAGAGUGGUGUCAGUCCUCUCCCAAACAUCAAACAGUUCCUUUAAUUAUCAGUGUCCCAUACAAGUCAAAAGAAAUCCAGGUAACAGUGCUGAUCCGGAAUCACCAGGUCAUGUGCAUAUAUCACUUUUUGACAGCUAAAACAGCAGCAUGUGGGCCAAUGAAAGUGGAGGGAGUAGUUCAUAUCAUCAGUAUGCCAACAGAGAGUGUGUGGGUGGGAAAUAUUUUACAUAUCAAACAUUAAUAUAUUCUGUGUAGAAAAAAGGGUGUAAAAUUAAUGGAGAGAUAUGAAAUAUACAGUGUAACAGGAACAAAAGUAUAUGGAUAGGAUUUAAGCUGUAUCACUGUCAGUCAAGUGUCUUACUGAAGAUGGUGAGUGUGUAUAGUUUUAUCAAACAGGGUGCCAUAUGUAAAGCAGUGAUCUGCUUUUUUGCACUACAGGGAUAGAGGAAGUCUCUGCUCAUGUCAUUAAGCAGUGAGAGAUGGUGGGGGCGAAUGGAUUCAUGGUAGGAUAAUUUCUUAUUUUAUUCACAUCUUCACAGGGACCGUGACGGUAUCUAAGUACUUUGCUCCAAGAUUAUCCAUCCUGACUUUGUAUUGUGCUCCAUGGUUCUUCGGACUGAUGUUGAAGGAUUUCCUCUAAAGGCCCACUUUUAUGUGCAGUACAAAUGAAGGACUGGUAAAGUAGAGAAUAAUUGUCGUUUUCUAAGAAAUAAGGAAAUUGGAUCUUCCAGUAAUGGCCAUCAAAAAGCUAAAGAGGAUGUUGGUUUGCCCACCAUACUGUUGCAAGUAACAGUCUUUUAGUGGUCAUUGAUGGGUGUAGCAACUGAAAUCUCUACACUGAAAUCAGUGUUUGGAUAUCAUCAGACCAAAUGAGCAUUGUACAAAAGGUUUUAGUUGAUUUUCUUCGAGUUCUUAGUAUGCACAGACUGGCAUCGGCUCUGUUGAGCAUGAAAUUUAGGGCCUUUUUACUUUGGAUCAUAACUGGCUGAAUUUUUCACUUGAAGCUAUAAUCCUUGAGAUCAGUCUAUCAAACCUCAUUCCUUUUUAUCAUAUGUAUCUAUUCAAGGCAUUUACAUUCUGUAAUUGCCUUUCUAUAUAGUAGUUUUCAUUGUUACUGGUGGUGCCCGUCUUUCCCUUGUGGGAUUCAAAGGAUUUACAGGAAAAGAUAGAUUCAUGUACUGGACAUGAUGCAGAAGACAUAAACUGAUGCGUGCGUGCUUUUCAUGUACAGUAAUGCAAAAGGCAACAUUGGAUCAUGAGUCGGAUAAUUUAUCCUUUAUAGUCUUCUAUAAGGUGCCAGCAUACUUUGUCAAAAUUGCUUAAAGGGUGGUCGACUAGCUUUGGAAACCCCUUCCCACUGCAGUGCCCCGACGUUGGACCAGGGGUGAGGUUGUGUCCAACAAUUUCUGUAACUCUCCAAAACUGACGAGCCCAACAUUCACAUCGACUUCAUGCUGUGAUUGGCCAGCUGUGCAGUGGUGAGAAAAGUAAGCUGGGUUUGAAAUUCAUUCUUGACAACUAUUUCGGUUACUUUUGAUUUGAUUUUCAAGGGUGGCUAUUCGAAGCAGCUAUAAACACUUGCCUUCCGACGUGAUCAGACAACACAUUUUACUACUUCUUUUCAAGCAUAACUUGACCUUUAGUCUUCAUUAUCAAAACGUUGUCAAGCAGUAAAUCCUCUCAGCCCAUAAUUUGGUUGGCUGCACUGUAAACAUAUGGACAAGUUGUUCUUCUGUUGCAUUUCUGACAGAGUAACUAACCACUCAAAGCAUGUUUCAAACUGAUCUCGGGGAGCCGUAUUAUUAAAAUGCAUUUGCCAUUCUGACCGCUAACCAAGGGUUGGCCCACCACAACUGAAAUCUUAAGGACUAUAACUUUAAUAUUUCAGUUUAGAUUUUAGUCAAAAAAAUCUAAAUGCAUAAACUAAUUGUGGGACGCUUUCAUCCAAAAUGAACCCUAGUCUGGACAGAUCAGUGCUCAGUGUCCUUCAACACAUUAUAACACAUCUGUACACUGCUGUUCAGUGAUGGUGCUCUGUUCUCACCACCGUCUAAAUACAACUCUAUCUACUGUGACGAAACAUUUUGAUAUGUUUGUAAAUUACUUUUGAAUAUGGUACUAGCUCUCAUCCUUAAUAUUAUUUUUAUAAUUACCAUAAGUACUUUGGUUUCUCAUGCUAACAGCAUUACAUCAUAUGAUGAUUAAACAGAAUGUGCCAUAAUGAUAGGUAGAUUUACACACUAUGCUAAACCAUUUUAUGUAUGUUCAAUGGUGGUUUGAUCCAACAAGUCAGUCAGUACAGCCCUUCAUUAAACAGCCAUGUAAUAUAAAGUGAAUUUUGUGUGGACUGAAAUACGAUCACACUGUGUUUCUCCAGAUUUAUCAUCUUGAAACUGGAACAUCCACACACCUUUUCCCUGAUUUAAAAUGGGGAAUUAGACAAUGCAGUGCAAUACAGUGUGUCACAGAUGGGUUUUUCCUCACAGACAGUGUUCAUCCGGGUUAGUCUGGUGUAGGAUUUCUCAGAUGUAUGUACUGUAUGUGACGGCUGUUGGAUAUCCACAGCAUCAUACCCAGGAACCUUGCCCACCCUCUCUCUUUCUGUCUUGCAAUUCAACUGAUGUUGUUAUCAAAUAUAUUAAAUGACAGUACAGAUUAUAUAAAUUCCAGUAUGAUGGGGGAAAAAAAAUACAUUUCAGUGUUCUGUAUCCUAUGAAUGAUACAAAAUAAACUUUGACAUUGCACCUUU